AUGAACCCCAGCGACCCCAGCUACUCCGUGGCUUCCCUCUAUGUGGGGGACCUGCACCCCGAUGUAACCGAGGCGAUGCUGUAUGAGAAAUUCAGCCUUGCUGGGCCCAUCCUUUCCAUCCGGGUCUACAGGGACAGGACCACCCGCCGCUCGCUGGGCUAUGCCUCCAUCAACUUCCAGCAGCUGGAGGACGCUGAGCGGGCCCUGGACACCAUGAACUUCGAUGUGAUAAAGGGCAAGCCAGUCCGCAUCAUGUGGUCUCAGCGGGACCCGUCGCUGCGCAGAAGUGGCGUAGGCAACAUAUUCGUCAAAAACCUGGACAGAUCCAUCGACAGCAAAACGCUGUAUGAUACGUUUUCUGCCUUCGGUAACAUCCUUUCGUGUAAGGUGGUGUGCGACGAGAACGGCUCCAAGGGUUAUGGAUUUGUGCACUUCGAGUCUCAGGAAGAAGCCGAACGAGCAAUUGAGAAGAUGAACGGGAUGUUUCUAAACGAUCGCAAAGUGUUUGUCGGUCGCUUUAAGUCUCGUAGAGACAGGCAGGCUGAACUUGGAGCCAGGGCUAAAGAGUUUACCAAUGUUUACAUCAAGAAUUUGGGAGAAGACAUGGAUGAUGAGAGACUCCAGGGUCUCUUUGGCAGAUUUGGGCCUGCCUUAAGUGUUAAAGUCAUGACCGACGAAAGUGGAAAAUCCAAAGGAUUCGGAUUCGUAAGCUUUGAAAGACAUGAAGAUGCCCGGAAGGCUGUGGAUGAGAUGAACGGAAAAGACCUCAAUGGAAAACAGAUUUAUGUUGGUCGAGCUCAGAAAAAAGUGGAACGGCAAACUGAACUGAAGCACAAAUUCGGGCAGAUGAGGCAAGAGAAGCACAAAAUCGAACAGGUACCCCAAGACAGAAGCAUCAGGGCCCAAGGUGUUAACCUUUAUGUGAAAAACCUCGACGAUGGUAUUGAUGACGAGCGACUCCGGAAGGAGUUUUCUCCAUUCGGUACUAUCACUAGCGCGAAGGUUACCAUGGAGGGGGGUCGCAGCAAAGGGUUUGGGUUUGUAUGUUUCUCCUCUCCGGAAGAAGCCACUAACGCAGUUACAGAAAUGAAUGGUAGAAUUGUGGCCACCAAACCACUCUAUGUAGCUUUAGCUCAACGCAAAGAGGAGCGCCAGGCUCACCUCAGUAGCCAGUAUAUGCAAAGAAUGGCAGGGACCAGUGCUGUGUCCAGCCCAGUCAUCAGUCCUUUCCAGCCAGCGCAGGCUUCUUUAGGCUACUUCAUGACAGCUACACCACAGACUCAGAAACAUGGAGCCCACUGUGCUCCUAACCAAUCUACUAAGCAGGGACCAGGUCCCUGUGGGAGUGCUCAGGGUGCCAGAGCUCAUCCGUUCCAAAGUGUGUCUAGUGUCAUCCACCCAUCUACUAUCCAGUCAUUUGGUACUUCAGGACCAACCUCCUCCCAGGCUCUAUGGAGCAUGUCAACACACCGUGCUGCCAACACAUCCACACAGUUGAUGGGACCACAUCCUGCCGCUGCUUCUGCUGCAGCUGCUCCUGCUGCCCGCCCAGUUGCUCAGUAUAAAUAUACUGCUGGAGUCCGGAAUCCCCCUCAGCAUCUUAGUACACAGCCGCAAGUCAACAUGCAGCGGUCUGCUGUUCCUGUCCAAGGUAAGGCAUCGCUGACUGCCUCCAUGCUGGCGUCUGCCUCUCCUCAAGCACAGAAACAAAUGUUAGGGGAAUGGCUGUUUUCUCUUAUUCAAGCCAUGCACCCUGCUCUGGCCGGUAAAAUCACUGGUAUGCUGCUGGAGAUCGAUAAUUUAGAACUGCGCCACAUGCUUGAGUCUCCAGAGUGUCUCCACACCAAAGUUGAUGAAGCCAUUGCUGUUCUGCAAGCCCACCAAGCUAAAGAAACUUCCCAGCAAGCAGUCAGCAGUGUCUCUGGUGUUCCAACUGCUUAA